UUGACCCUCCCAGUCCCCUGGCCCCACAUGCCCCUUUUGGCUGGCUCGAAUGGGGCUCAGGACGCACUUGAAGCCACGUUGUGGCCGCUCUCAUCCUGCCAAUGCUACAGCCCAGCUGCCCUGUAGGAAACCCUCUCAACUGGUGUAGCCCCAGGCCAAGGAUGAUCCUGCCAGGAUGAAAACCUGGCUGUGCCUAGCCCGACCUCGCGCCCUCUUUGUCCCCGCAUUCCCUCUAGCUCGCGCCCAGCGUUCUUCAGGCGUUACACCGGUAGACACAAGGGACGCGGACGCCGAUGCGGAUGCGGAUGAGGACUUGGACGGUGCGGUCGCAGAGCACACCUAGCGGGAUCAGCAGAAUUACUCAAGUCAAACGCUUGGAGGAUGUCUCGGCGCAGUGAGCGCCUGCGCCUCCGAUACCAGGCACUUGUUGAUGGGCAAAGCAGCAGCAGCAGCAGCAGCAGCAGCAGCAGAGGGAGUUCCCAGGUGGCUGGCCAGCACACCAACUUCACGGAGGGUCCUCUCAGGACUGUGAGGAGGAAGUCGAGUAUGGUCCGAAGCCUCUCACCAGGCCUCUCACCAGCCCCUCACCUGCUUACAGGGGUAACAGGCUGGGAGAGCCCCGGAUCCACCUCAGGGUACUUCUCUGAGGAUGAUGGUGCAGCAUUCCAGUGGCGCCUGAAAACCACCUGGCACUGCGUGACCACUGCUGCCUCCCUCCAGGACUUCUUUCUCUCAAUCAGGAAGUUUUGCACUCGCAAGAAGGGGCUCGUCUUUGUCUUGGGCUUGCUGUUGCUUAUGGCUUCGCUGGCUUAUGGUGCUUGGUAUUUCUACCCCUAUGGACUACAGACCUUACCCCCUGCUGUGCUCUCCUGGUGGGCAGCCAAGGGCAGCGGCAGGACAGAGGACCGUUGGGAAUCAGGACAGUCCCCCUCAUAUUUCCAGGAGCUGGAAAGCGGGGUGGUGCACAAGACAUCUGAGUGGCACAGUUCUUCCCAAGAAGGCUUUGUGGAAACAAGGCCAAAGCGAUGGGUUCCCUAG